AGCGUAGAGCUGCGCAAAUCACGUUGCAGUUUCCUGUCCUAUGUGUGUGACUGAGUGUGUUUGGAAGAAAAUGUCAGUGUAGCUCUGAGAUCCUGAGCAGAACACAUACACACGCACACACACUCAUUUCAUCAGAACUGCCAAUCAGACAGAGGGGAGGCGUCAACGGAGGUUAAAUAGAAAUAUUUUGGCCUGUAAGUGAACACAUCCGCUGCAGAACUUUGAAGAGGAAUGAUAAAGUAUUUCGCUCAUAAGAUCACCAUUCAUCCUCUCUGGCUCUGCUCUGAGGACAGAAUGAUGUUUAGUUGGAUACUAAUAUCGCUGCUUGUUCGAUUUCUCAAAGCGCAAGAAAGCCCCAUAGUAGUUUACGCACAGAUAGGAGGGACUGCUAUCCUACCUAGAGAUGUAUCGGUAAUACCAAAUAAAGAAUCAAGUUUUUAUGUGAACUGGUACUGCGGGUUAGACCAAACUAACCAACCAACUAUCUCCAAGAACCCUCAGAGUGGGAUCCAAAAAGGGAAAGAUGUUAAGACACAUGCCUCUCUGUUAUCGGAUUUCUCUCUCCAAAUCUCACCAGUACAAGAUUUUGAUUUUGAAGUUUGGCGCUGUGAACAGCAUGUAUUAACGUCUAAAUUCACCAAGACCUACAAACUGUACCAUGUCACUAUACCCAAGGUACCGGCCGUGAUGUUUGGUGACCCUCUGUCUCUGGAAUGUAAACUGGACGAUAGUUCAGUUAAGCCCAGUGUAACAUGGAUUCCACCUGAAAACUCAGAUUGUCAUCAAAACAAGCUUUACAAAAAGACAAUUUCCAUCAAAGAUGUGUCCAGGUGUCAUAGUGGUGUUUGGACAUGCAAGGUGAAGUAUGAUGGGAGAGAAGCUGAAGCAACAACAACUGUUUCUGUAAUAGACCUCUCCCCUUCUCCACCAGAUCCCAUUUAUACCUCGGCCUCCCCGUCCUCUACAGUCAACAUUCCUUGCUCCCUGUCUUCUAACAUUCCCUGGUCCGUGUUAAAUGAGACUGGCCUUCGGGGUGGUAGCUGGAACUUCACUCCUCUCAGUGACCAAAAGCAGCAGUCUCUCCUCAGCCUCAGCAUUGGUCCCGUGGUCAGAUGGGAUAUCACACCGGACACAGACAGCAAGGUCCAGGGAAGAGAGUUAAAAGACCAGGAUCUAUCGUUUAAUAAUCUGCCUGUAUCAGAGAAGAUCAGGGGGGAGUACAACUGUUACCUAAAGUUCUACAGCAAGACCCUCAGGAGUAAAGUCAAGGUGGAGGUUCUGCAGGUUUCCUCAUCUGGAGGUCCUCGAGUUUAUGUAGGCCAGAGGGUGAAUCUGACGUGCACAUUAGGACAUCCACAUGCCCCUGACCUUGAGGUGAAAUGGAAAUGUCGCUCCUGCUCCUCUCUUCACUCUUCACCUUUUCUGUCCAUCCCUGAAGUGACAAUGGAACACAGUGGCCAGUGGACAUGUGAACUCUGGAAAAAUGAGAAGAGGUUGACAUAUGCUGUGCUAUCAUUAAAGAUUGAGAAAGCUCCAGUGGACAUCUGGCUUUGUGUUGCCAUCAGCAGUGGAGUUGUGGUCUUCAUCUUGCUCCUUGUUAUCGCCAUUAUAGGCAUUCGCAGACACAAACAGAUUAUGAUGUACAGACGACGAAAGACCAGAUUCUGCUGCUGCAAAACUCCUCAGCCACAGGGAUUCUACAAGACCUGAGGAUCCUCUGCUUUUCAGUUUUAUUACUGAUUUAAAUCAUGUUAAUGUACAGUUGCCUGAACAAAGCCUCUCAUAACAGAACUGGCUGUCUUUAUUGUGCAGAGGAUGCUGGUAUUUCUUUGUUAUUGUGUGAAAUACUCUCAUAACUACACUAUAUAUAAUUGAACAUGCUUGAUAGGAACCAAUAUUAUAUGCAACCCAAUAUGCAGUAUCUCUAAAGGUGUAAAUAACAUGACAUAUUAUAAAGCUUGUCUGGAAGAUAAAUGUGCCUAGAAUAUAUUGUUACAAUAAGGAACAUAUACCUGUACAUUUUAUAUUAAAAUUGCCCAAAGUGCCUCCUUAUAUUGUGCUAUAAUUUUUCAUUGACUUCUGUUUACUGAUCUUUUUAUCCUCUGAAUGCUCUUUUGCAUUUGCAAAUAUACUCCCCCC